AUGCCACCAGGGUUCCUGGGAAAAAUAAACAAAGUGCCAUUUCUUCUUAUUUUUCAUUGCUUUUUUUUUCUAUUAUUUUUAUUAUCUUUGCUCUCUUUUUCUUUCCCUUUUCUCUCUCCUUUUUCAUUUAUCCCCCCACCACCGCUAUCUUAUUUUCCUCCUCCUCUUUUUUUUUUAUAUUUCUUCCUCACAAUUAUUCUACAAUUUUUUUUUAUCAUUUUUUCUUUUAUCUUCCCCCCCCUUUACUCCCUUUUUAUUAUUCACUUGAUUUUUUUACCCUCUUUUUUAUUUGUUCCUUCUUUCUAUUCCCUUCCUUCCAUUGUUUUUCAUUUUCUUUACAAUUUCAAUUUUUUUUCCUUCAUUUUUGCAUAUCCUUUUUCUCUUCUUUUUGCAACUUUUUAUUCUUUACUUUUUAUUCUUUAUUUCUAUUCCUUCCCUAUUUUUUCUUCAGUUCCUCCUCCACUUUUUCUUCUUCCUCUUCCCACUUUUAAUUUAUUUUUCCUUUUCUCUCCUUUAUUUUCUUCUUGGUUUUCCCUCAUUUAUUUUCUUUUUCUUUCCAUUUUCUUCUUCCUUUUCUCUUACACUUUUUCUUCUUCCUUUUCUCUUCUUUGUUUUUUCUUCCUUUUCCUUCUUUUAUUUUCUUUUUCUCUCCCUCAUUUUUUUCUUCUUUUUCUCUUACUCUUUUUCUUUCUUUUCCCUUCUUUAAUUUCUUCCUUUUCCCUACUUUGUUUUCUUCUUCCUUUUCCCUCAUUUAUUUUCUUUUUUCCUUUAUUUUCUUCUUCCUUUUCUCUUACACCUUUUCUUCUUCCUUUUCUCUUUGUUAUUUUCUUCCUUUUCACUUACACUUUUUCUUCUUUUUCUCUCCUUUAUUUUCUUCUUCAUUUUCCCUCAUUUAUUUUCUUCUUCCUUUUUCUUCCUUAUCUUCUUCCUUUUCUCUUACACAUUUUCUUCUUCCUUUUCCCUCCUUAUCUUCUUCCUUUUCUCUUCUUUAUUUUAUUUUCGCCUUCAAAUCUUACUCCCCCUUUUUUAUUCCCCUUUACAUCUCCAUCCUCCUUUCCCAGUUGUCUGUUAGUACAAACUAAUUUCUUUAUCCCUGGAAUUUUUCAACACUGGACAGUCAAAGGUGAAACAAACAGAUCAAGCAACACAUGA